AAUAUAACGUGUCAGGAUUUUGUUACCAGGAAGUGGGUCGAGUUAUUUAUAUUUCAACACCCGUCGUACCACUCGUACCCAAGGGAGAACCAACGGUAGUAACCUGAAACUAUAUAUUCAAACAUUGUCUGGUUCUGGAUGCGUCAAACCGAUAGAGAACAAUUGGAUUCACGUUUAGGAACUCUGAGGACCAGAAGAAACUAUCUGUAAAUGUAAAUAAUGUAAAUACUGUGUGGAAGGGUGAAGUGACCCUGUGAUUCAACACUGGCAGUGGCGUUGGGAUGAAGCUCCAUCAGAAGAUUUUGACCCAUUACCUAUCAUGCACCUCUCCGGUUGAUAAAGAAGGAUAUCUCUACAAAAAGAAAGAGCGAACUGCCACCUACCAGCGGCGAUGGUUUGUCCUGAAGGCAAACAUGCUUUUCUACCAGGAGCGCCCAGCUGACCGACACCUGCUGGGUGUCAUCGUGCUGGAGGGGUGUGCAGUCCGGCACUCGGAGUCUGAUGGACAGUUUGCCUUUUCCCUGGUGUUUGAAGGGCCUGGACUCAAAACCUACAGAUUUGCAGCAGGGGAUCGUCAGACUCUAGAGAGCUGGGUGAAAGCUUUGCUCUCAGCCAGUCACUGUUACCUCUCCCUGCUGGUGAGAGACUUGGGGAGGCAGUAUGAAGAAGCAAAAAAGCAACAAGCCUCUGGUGAAUCCAGUCACAGCUCCUCUGUAAGUGACCCUAAACAGUCCACAUUCAAUCAUUUCACUGUGCAGCGGCCAACAGCAGUGGUCAGGGAGGGGAGAAGCUUCAGUGCCAGCACUGUUUUACAAGCACCUUCUAAAGUGGUAUCUAAGAAGUCCCCUAAACUGUGGCUGAGGAGAAAUGCUCAUGUCACACCACUUAAUGGACCGGCACCUUUGUACGGCGAAUGGCCUUUGGUGGGUUAUGAUACACUUGAGGAGUUUAGCAAACUUCAUGAUUAUUAUGGCCAAGAAGUGAAGAAAGCAAGAGAGGAAUGGCUGAGGAGCCGACAAGCAGAAGAGGAACACAUUGAGGGGGAUCUCAUUGACCUGGGCUGAAAAAAAAACUUACAACUUAGCCACUUAAGAGGAAGUGAGAUGGAGUGGUUCAUGUGUGUUAAAGAGGAACUUCACUGAAAGUGUUAGGAGUUUUGUAUUUACAAACAUAGAGUUUGAUGCCCAGACCUAUGAAUGUGCUCAAUGUCCAUUUCAUGUGAUGAGUUUAGAACAUUUGUAUGUUAAUUUUGUUUUAAAGUAAUUUUCCAGAUUUUCCUGAGCCAAGCCAGCCUUACAGUGUUUACGAGAUGUAACAAAGAGGAAGCAAGGAACUUGCCCACAAAGGGUCACAUAGGGCAGAUACUGCAGGUGUUUGCACAUCUGCACCUUUUGGACAACAAUGUGGACAUGAUAGGCCCUUUUCACAUCAUUUCGACUACUGUUACUAAUAACCUUAACAAUGUCUCAGUUCUAUUUAACUGCCAUGACAGUUUAACAGUGAGCCAGCAUGCACAAUAACAGGGCCUGAAGCGAAACUGAAGCAUCUAAAUGGAAUUCAGCCAUGAUUCAUUUUAUUAUUUACACCUGUUCGUUUCCUACUGUGACAUGUCAAAGGGCCUUUUCCUUGUUUGUUCUCAUGUUCUUACUGCUAAUUGGAACCUGCACUCCUGCUGCUAAUUGCAUAUGUACAACAAUGCCCUGAGCACUGACUAUUCACAUGUAGUGCAAUUAAGAAUUUUAUCCAUGUCAUGGAAAAGAAAUCUGAUACAGUAUUAUACAUUUUUCAUUGCAUGAAAAAUAAAAUUUACCUGUUGU